AGCGAGUGGGGGUUGAAGGGGCGGCUGAGACCUCAGGAGUACCUCUUUCGCUGUCAGAGCUCCAUCCUCGAUUCGGCUCUCGUCGCAGCAGCAGCACCGCAACGCAACAAUGGUUUCCGGUUCAGGGCUCUGUGCCAAGGUGGUGGUGGUUGACGCUCGUCACCAUAUGCUCGGCCGAUUGGCUUCCAUUCUCGCGAAAGAGCUUCUCAAUGGCCAGAAAAUCGUCGUUGUUCGCUGCGAGGAGAUCUGCUUGUCAGGUGGCCUUGUGAGGCAGAAGAUGAAAUACCUUAGGUUUUUGAGGAAGAGGAUGAACACCAAGCCCAGCAAGGGUCCCAUUCAUUUCCGGUCCCCAGCACGCAUCUUAUGGAGGACCAUCCGUGGAAUGAUCCCACACAAGACCAAGAGGGGCGCUGCUGCCCUUGAGCGCUUAAAAGCAUUCGAAGGUGUCCCUGCACCUUAUGAUAAGAUGAAGAGGAUGGUUAUUCCAGACGCUCUGAAAGUAUUGAGACUGCAACCUGGACACAAAUUCUGUUUGUUGGGCCGUUUGUCAGAGGAGGUCGGGUGGCACCAUUACGACACGAUCAAGGAGCUUGAGGAGAAGAGGAAGGCCAAGUCCAAGGUGUUCUAUGAACGCAAGAAGCAGCUUAUCCAGUUGCGUCUUAAGGCUGCCAAGAGUGUUGAGGAGCAGCUUGCCCCCCUGCAAGAGACUUUGGCACCUAUCACUUACACCUCUUAGAUUUUUACAGAAUGAGUUGUUUCCUGGGUAUGGCUCUUUGUGGCUCCUUAAUCGCAUGGACGCCGUUUGACGGGAAUAAGAUUGAAUCGAUAUACUCGUUCGGAAUGUGUGUGAAUGGAUGGCACCUUUGAUCGAAAUAUUCCCUGCUAAAUCGCAUUUAGUAGCA